AUGGGCACAUGGAAUAACACAAACCCCUCUUACUUUGUCUUGUUAGGACUCACUAAUGACCCUACCCUUCAGAUCUUUCUUUUUGCUUUAUUUUUACUCUUCUAUAUCAUGACUCUCCUGGCUAAUAUUGGCAUCAUGGCAAUCAUCAAAGCAGAUUCUCGGCUUCAUACACCCAUGUACUUUUUUAUAAAUAACCUUUCUUUCUUAGAUCUUUGUUAUUCUACUAUAAUAACACCAAAGACUUUAGAAACCUUCUUGUCGGUUACAAAGUCUAUUACUUUCUUUGAGUGUGUCAUGCAGAUGUAUUUGUUUGGUGCUUCAGUUAGUCUUGAGUGCUUUUUGCUAGGGAUGAUGGCUUAUGACCGCUAUAUCGCCAUUUGUAAUCCUCUAUUGUACAUGACGGUUAUGAACAAGAUGUUCACCAGACAACUUAUAGGACUUGCCUACCUUGGAGGGUAUCUCAAUGCAACAAUUCAUACUUCUUGUACUUUUCAACUGCCAUUCUGCCAAAGUAAUGUAAUAGACCAUUUCUAUUGUGAUGUCCCUCCUCUUCUAAAGCUAUCAUGUGUUGAUACCACUAUGAAUGAACUUGUGAUGUUCAUCUUUGGAGGGCUUGCUGAAUUUAGUUCACUCACAACUAUUGUAGUAUCCUAUAGCUAUAUUAUUUCUGCUAUAAUGAAUAUCCAAUCCAAGCAGGGCAGGAAGAAAGCAUUUUCCACCUGUACAUCUCACCUAAUGACAGUUAGUUUGUUCUAUGGUACCAUCGUUUUCAUGUACAUGCGACCAUCCUCUAGUUACUUCAUGAGUCAGGACAGAGUGGCUUCAGUAUUUUACACCUUGAUCAUUCCUAUGCUAAACCCACUGAUCUAUAGUUUGAGAAACAAGGAGGUAGCAAGAUCGUUGAUGAAAAUGAGAGGAAAACAGAUCCCCUCUGAUGACCAACGUGCCUCUGAUUCUCUGAUCCCUAAAAGGAGUAGCAGUGGUGGCUGCAGCUCCCUCUGCUCAAAGAGUUACCUGAAGCUCCAGCACCCAGGCCUGGAUGCAAGGGGCACUCACAGGCAGCCCCUGAACCACAUGAUUGUUGACUACAUUGGGUCCAAGGCUGAUGUGGACACUCGCAAAAGUGAAAAUCAGGCUGGACUACCAGGCAAAGCUUGCACAAUUGCCUGCUUAGACACAUCUGUCAAUGAAGGAGUGCUCUUAGCAUCAGUCACCUGCAUCAGCGGCAUAUCAGUUGUCACUAUUAUGAUUUCCUAUGGUUACAUAAUAUAUAUUGUACUUGGAAUUCGCUCUACAGAAGGAAGACGUAAAAUCUUCUACACUUGCUCCUCUCACCUGGCUGUUGUCUUAAUGUUUUAUGGCACAAUAUUGUUUAUGUAUCUACGUCCUAGCGCCCAUUUAAGGAUCGAAGAAUGUUCAUUGAAACUUGGUUACGACUUUCUUCCUCAUUAUUCCUGA